UCUCUGUCUGUCUUGCCAGCCUAGAAGCCUCCUAUCCCUACCGAGCUCCCAUCAUUAUGAAAUUCCUUCUGAUUUUGACUGUUGCCUUGCUCCUGGCCCAGCUCACCCCAGCCAUGAAGUGUUGGAGUGCGUUGGGAAGAUGCAGAACAACAUGUCAAGAGAGUGAAGUGUUCCACAUACUGUGCAGGGAUGCAACUAUGUGCUGUGUACAUCCCAAGUACAUACCGAUCAAAACCUGAAUCCUCAAACAUAGCUGGAAGAUUGGGAUAAACGUCUGUGGUACACCCCAUCAAACUUGAGUCUACCAUCAUUGGACCCACGGUUCUGUGAACUCAUUCUUGGCCCUACCCUGUUUGUGUUCUGGCAGUUCUACACAUUAUAUUGCAAUUAGAAAUGCUAUAUAUAUUUUGUAUAUAUCACAUUAAAAUAAAUAAGGAAGGAAGGUGCGUAUGGAUAUUAGGGGGACCAGGAUGGACCAGUAAGUGGCAGUAAUCUCAGUCUUGCCCAUAGCGCUUAGCAGGCUGGCCCAUGGCUGGUCCCAGAAGUGAUAUGAAUAAGGAAUGUUCAUUCUUUCCUUUUGAUUCUUGUUUUCUAGACCAACACUGCCAGUAGAAGUUUCUGCA